AUGGAGACGCGCAACAAGUGGCCUUCCGGCCAUUCUGACGACAUGCUUCGAGAGAAAGCCCAAAUUCUCUUCGUCUCUAGGAGCAAUUCCAGCCCCUUCAACUACUGGAAUGCAUGGAAGCUUCUCCGGAUCAACCGGAAGUUCAAGUCUAUGUACCUCGAGGGAGAUGUGCAUGCCUCCAAGAGGACAAAGACGUCAGAGACGGGCGACUUUACCACCUCGGCGUCAGGCAAGGAAAUCACGUAUUCCCGCCCCGUUGGAAACAAAGCGGCGAAGGCGGCGGCGAGAGCGGCAAAGGGGAAGGGGAAGGCAUUGGCAUCGCAAGCCUCAAAGGCUCCAUCCGAAUGCAAGGAGAUGUUGGAUAGGUCCGACGGUAAGAUCACCCGAAUCAUGGAGAUGUACGACCAAAAGAACGCCCUCAAUAGGGAGAUCCAUGACGAUCGGGUCAUGUUCAUGAAGACUUCCGACAUGACUCCGGAGCAGCUAGAAUGGCACAAGGAACGGGUGGCAGAGAUUCUAGCUAGCGAAGGGGCGGUAGAGACUAGAUAG